AUGUCCGCCAAGCUCUUCCCCCCUACCAAGCCAGACCGGCCGGCCUCGAGCCCGCUCCCGCCGCUGCUGCACACGCCGUCGGGCCUGGCCCUCGUCGAGCUGCAAGGCACCAUCAACCUCCCCGCCGGCGAGGACGGCGAGACGCUCGCAGACGUCGAGGUCGGGCGGCUCGACUUCCCGGACUUUGUCCCCGGCACCGAGGGCUCCGCCUGGACCAAGCGCGUCCACCUCUACGUCGGCCAGCACCAGCGCCUGACGGGCGAGGUCAAGAAGUUGCCCCGCGCUGUCGCCGUCGUCCGCCGGCGCCGGGAGAACAGCAAGGCGGGUGGCGGCAGCCCCGUGCAGGAGGAGCAGGGCGACGACCUCGAGGUGGUGGAGAUUAUCAAGUACAAGGUGCUCUUUUCGAAUCGUCCCGAGCCGGUCAACACGAGCGUGGCGCAAUAG